AUGACGUUCCUUAAUCACACACUCGACAACCUGAGCUCUCCAACAUUAGACUCCGACAACAAUGUACAAACCAUAGAUUUCAGGAACGACCAUCUUGUUUCCACUUCAUCAGCCUCGCCAUUAAAUAGCGAACAAGUUCGGACUUACGAACCAGCAAACACUGCUGAUUAUGCUCAGUUGGAAAUUGAUGAUUCUGAAACAACACUACUGGGGAGUCAGCAACGACUUUUAGACCACGAUGACACUGACGAAGAGGGCGAUCCUGAAGAGUUGAAGAGUUACAGGUUACCCUCGGAAGGGGGGUCAAUCUUCUCAAGCUUUCUUAAUAUGGCAAACAGCAUCAUAGGCGCGGGCAUCAUAGGGUUACCGUUCGCAUUCAAAGAGGCUGGGUUCUGGACAGGGAUUGGCCUGUUGAUCCUAUUAACGGUGGUUGUAGAUUGGACUGUGAGACUGUUGAUGUACAAUGGAAAACUGGCAGGGCGAACAACAUAUCAGGACUUAAUGGAAUUCUCGUUUGGAAGACCUGGGCUUGUUGCGAUAUCUAUAUUUCAGUUUGCAUUUGCAUUUGGAGGUAUGUGCGCCUACUGCGUUAUCCUCGGAGAUACAAUCCCUCAUGUUAUUCGGUCAAUUUUUCCAAAUAUCCACAAUGUACCGCUUUUGUGGAUAUUUGGAAAUCGUAAACUGUGCAUCACAUUUUUCACUUUAUUUGUAUCAUAUCCCCUCUCACUUUACCGUGACAUAUCAAAACUGGCAAAGACAAGCGCCCUAGCACUUGUUGCAAUUAUAGUUAUCAUUGUGAGCGUUGCAAUAGAAGGUCCUAAGAUGCCAGCUACAAUUCGUGGCUCGUCAGAUAAUAUGUUUAUAGUAAUUAACAACGAAGUCUUCCAAGCGAUUGCCGUUAUUAGCUUCGCCUUUGUUUGUCAUCACAACAGCUUCUUGAUAUUUGGGUCUUUAAAGCAACCUUCCUUAAACAGAUUUGCAGCCGUUACCCACUGGAGCAUGUUUAUUGCGUUUGCGACAUGCUUUAUUCUGGCAGUUUCUGGCUAUUUGGUAUUUACCGAUAAAACAACAGGGAAUAUUCUAAACAACUUUCCACAAGAUAACUUACUUAUAAAUAUUGCACGCUUAGCGUUUGGCCUCAAUAUGUUCACAACAAUUCCUCUUGAAGCGUUUGUCUGUCGCGAGGUUAUGGAGACAUUCUUUUGGGCCUCUGAACCCUACAAUCGUGUACGCCACUGUGCUAUUACAACCAUUUUGGUUCUUAUAUCAUUAAUUAUAUCUUUGGUCACAUGCAAUCUUGGUACUGUUCUUGAACUUACUGGUGCAUUUUCAGCAACUGCAUUGGCCUUUAUAUUACCUCCACUAUGUUAUCUCAAGCUGGCAAAUGGACCAGUUUGGCAAAUUAACAAAAUUCCUCAUUGGCUAUGUAUGAUAUUUGGUAUUAUUGUUAUGGCUGUAAGCACAUUUUAUAGCCUUCAGAAGGCAUUCAUAGGCUCAAGUGCUGGUGUACACAAGAGUCAAAGUGAGCUUGUAUGUAACUAA